CUCAGUACAUCAGCGUGUGACUGCGCGCGUCGCCUCGUGGUUUCAUUCGUAUUUUAGGUGGUAGGACCUAGCGGAUCCGUAAUACGCUCGUGCCAGAGAUCAGCCAAGUCCUCCGUAUCUUCCUGAUCAAAUGACGAGAUGCCGGCUGCUCUAUUUGCUUCUAUUAGCGGCCCUAAUGAUAAGCACAGAAGCGGCGAAGGGCGGCGGUGGUAGAGGGAGACCUCGCGGCCGAGGAAGACUGUUUGGCUCGCGAAUGCACAUUCUGAUACCCAAUCGAAAUCCUGCGAGUACGCACUAUUACGAGAACAAGGAUGGUGCCAAGAUCGUGAAGGCAUCCCACUUCGAGCUGGACUACAUGCUGGGCAGAAAGAUUACGUUCUUCUGCAUGGCGAUCGGUGUUCCAAGACCGGAGAUCACUUGGUUGAAGGACGGAAUCGAGCUGUACCAUCACAAGUUCUUCCAGGUGCACGAGUGGCCUGUUGGUAAUGAUACGAUAAAGUCGAAAAUGGAGAUCGAUCCUGCGACGCAGAAGGACGCCGGAUAUUACGAGUGCCAGGCGGACAAUCAGUAUGCCGUCGAUCGCAGAGGCUUCAGAACGGAUUACGUCAUGAUCUCACCUCUUUUGGAUUAUCAACGGACAUGCGAAGGUACGAAAACAAAUCCGAUGGUUCCCCCCUAA